AUGGCAGGAGUGCAGAACCAUCAUGUCUUGAGAGAAAGGGUCAUUUUCCAUAGCAGUGUAAUACGCCAUAGCAGCCCAAAAAGUCCUACAAGAAGUGUAGGGAUGCUGUCAUACACAUUUUUUACUAGUACUGGGAAGGAGGAUAUCGUUGUUCCCAUGAUUGACUAUGAGAAGAAAGGGGAAGUUUGGACAAAGAUUGUAUGCAAUUCUCUUGAAUAUUGGCAUGUAAAUUUAGAGGCUAUUGUCCAGUGGUCUCCAUUCUCCAACGAGCAAGACCUCCUUCAGCAGUUCGAUUCCAUACGUUAUCAAGGUACCAGAAUUAUAAUUUACAAUCUAUGGGAGGAUGAUGGAGGACAGUUGGAGCUGGAUUUUGGUACCGAUCCUCAUAGUUAUGCAUCAAUCCUUUAUCUAAGAAUUCCUCUUGGAUUUCGAAUUAUACUACGUGGGCAAGAUGUCAUGCACCAUGAACUGGUGAAUGAUAUGAUCCCCUCAAAACAUGUGUCAUACAGACCUAUGCCUAUAACUAAUGGGACUGUAAAGGAUUCAGCUUCACAUUUAGAAAAUAUGCAAGCUUUGGUGACACUGGAAUUUAUGAAAGAUGCUAGAGAUCAUAUGGAUAUACAAGGGUUUAAUCCCUUUUGGAGAGUCUGGAAUGCUGCUGGAAGUGAUGGUCGAGCAGUCAUUGGUGUUUUGGAGGCCAAUUUUGUCGAACUAGCUCAUGAUAAGCAGGGUUUUGAGAGGACAACAACGCUGCGUGACAACUGCCAUGAAAUUGGUUAUGCACCACGAAUAAACAAAGUUGUUCCAACAGUAGUGUCUUCUCCACUUCCAAUUAGAGGCAAUGGCAAUGCUGUAAAGGGAAUGACUAGCUCCCAACAGAAGUGA